CGGUCUGUUUGCUUGUGUACUCGAGUGCGAUGUGUUGGAAUUUUCACUGCAAUCUGUGUAAUCCUAUCAAAACAUUUUAUUUUUGAUACUUAACAUUGUGAUUUUCGAAAUUUGUGCGUCUCAAUCUAGCUUAAAAGUAAUAGACAAGUUACUGCAUAUGUAAAAUAAACGAUGGCAUUCCCGUAACAUAGAUUUGCAAUGAGUCCGAACAGCUUUCUGCUAAACGUGGAGGAAAACAUUCGCAGCAAAAUCAGCUGGCGAAAUUUGCCUCCGGAGAUACGCAAGACACUCAAUGAUAAUGAAAAACGCUACGAAAAAAUCAUUCUCGAGUACAGUCUCAAGAACCAACUGCGAUAUCGAGGCAAUUUAGUGCAUAGCACCUUUGGCAAUGAAAAGCUGUACUAUGAGAAAUUGAUAGAGGACAACAUUCGGGCGCUGCAUCUUUUUCCCUACCAUCUUGCCGACAUUGUGACAAAGGGCCUCCGGCUGACUCCUUUUAAUUAUUAUGCUGAUAUGCUUGUAUUCUUGCUGAACAACGAUAAAAACUAUGAUUCAUUGCCAAAUUUCACGGCUGCGGAUUGUUUGAGGGUGGUUGGAAUCGGGCGAAAUGAGUAUCUGUCUAUUUCCAGUGAGUUGAAAACCGGAUCACCAAAGCUGUUUUUUAAACGGAACCCGUACUACUUUCUGCCGAAAUUUCCCCGACGGAUUUUAAUCGAACCAUGGUGGAAGGUUGAGAAUGGUUACGUUCUGGAGAGUGAUGUGCAAUUUCUAAACUCGGACGAAUUGGCCGUGAUUGAUCAGCUGAUCGAUUACGGAGCACAGACAGCUGGACGGCUGGAUUACGAAGUGGUUCAUAGUCUCUAUCGGCGAGGUUUAAUUUACCUCGAUGUGCCAAUCAGUGGCGAGGACAAAAUUAGCAUUCCGCCGCUGCAGAAUUUUGUUAUGAAUCGAGUCAGUGGUGAUUACUUCGAGAACCUGCUGUACAACGUUUUUGUUACGGCUGACGAGCAGUCCACUAUAGCUGAGCUCAGUCAAAUUCUCCAGGUGCCAUUGGAUACGGUGAAGCAAGCAACAUCACUUUUCUGCCGUCUUAACUUUGCUCGUCGCAAGCAUACCAGCUUUGCAAACCAACCGGAGCCUCAUGAAAGUUGGCGUAGUGCAAAGCGCGAUUUGAUUCAGCAGCAACAGCAGAACGCUGGAAGGACAAUUUUCAACUAUCAUUCUCUUUUGCUGAGUCAGGAAUCGGUUGAUAGCGAGCAGAGUGAUCGGCCGGGUGAUCUAACAGCUGGAUCACUGGACAGUCCAAGCCCGGCCGAAGACAGUCCGUCUGACUUUUGCACCCUAUCCGACUCUGCGAAAGUGGAAGAAGUUCGCUCGCCGGACGCCAAACGUGUUGGAUUUAUUUUUGAUUCAACCUUGACUGCAUUCCUUAUGAUGGGUAAUCUUUCACCUGGGCUUAAAACGCACGCCGUGACCCUUUUCGAGGUCGGUAAACUGUGUGACGAAGGGAUGAAUGACUUUCUCCGCGAGUUGGAAAAAGUCUCCAUCCUGGAUGCCGACGGUGAAGGUGAAGUUAGCCGUUACUUCCAUCAUGCCAUAAUUUUAAGAUCGACCAUAGUUGCACUUAAAAACGUCCUCAACACUGAGCUAGAUCUGCUUCGACUGGAGAGCCUGGAAGCACUGGAUUUGAAAACUCGAACCCGUCUGCUGGAGAAGAAGUACAAAUUUCUUAUUGCCGCCGCACCGCUUUCCGGGGUUCUUUCCACUCCAUUCACUAUUCCUUUUUUCGGUCAGUUUUAUCGAACUUCUGCUAAUUCACACAUCUGGACAAAGUUGUUCUACUAUCACAUGGGAGGCUAUGGUCCACCUAGUUUGCUGCUAACCAAAGGGACUGUCCUCACCCACUUGCCGCGCCUCUUUCUCGGCUAUGGAAAGCUGCUGAUCACAAUCGUCCAUACCGAGUCGUUCAUUCUGAAUUCGGAAAGAUUUGCGUCGCUUAAUGAGCAUCUCAAGAAUGGCUGCGUACUGAUUCAGGGUUAUGGGAUUAAGCAGGCAGCCGAAGCUCACUACGAGGUGUUUCCGUUUCUUGAUGCUACGGCCGGAAGUGCGGUAAGCUGGAGCCGCCAUUCGGCUGUUCUGAGGCUUGCUAAAGUGCUAAAUUUGGAGCGUAGCUUUGGGUAUCUGACGUUCAUUAAGACUGGUGUCCCGGAUUAUGGCUGCGAAAGCUACGACGAGAACGUUCGUUUGACCAGAGACAAGACUAAAAAUGAAAACGUAAAAUCCAAAGCUGGCAACCCCCAACCAGAUCAGCCUAAACCAAAACCGGUACGAUCGAAUACGAUUGGUUCGAUAACGUCAGUCGAAAGUGAUGACGCUAGUCUGAUUGAGGAUAUUCGACGAAUCCGAGACAUGCAGGACAUUGACGCGUCCCUAGCGGAGCAGCCGGCGAAAGCCGUCGAAAGCGAACAACAGCAGGUGGACCAGGAAGAAGCAGGCGUGAAUCAAGAUCUGGUGUUAGAGCUGGCCGACGCCAGUCGAAACGCAGAUUCCGAUUCCGAUGCGCGUGGACGAUCGCCUGAGGUUAAGAUGGAGGAAUGGACUAUCCUAGACGUUCACUUCGGGAUACCUUUGUUCGAUGUCGAUUGUAACACCUCAAUAUGCCAAAACAUCAUUAAAAAGCUGUGCGUGGAUGAGAACACUGAAAGCGUUCUGGAAGUAAAUUCGCAAAUGGAAAGUUGCUACUUAAAAUUCAUAUCUCAAUGCUUGUACUACGAAGACGAAAGCAUGGAGCUGGUGAAACCGGGCAAGUUUGUGCCAAAACCACGAAUCAGUUUGGUCUUCGAAAAUGGUAAAAUCAGCAGCUGGAAUGGUAAGUGAGCGUAAAAAUAACCGGAAACUACAACCCCAAAGUAAGAUAACACGAAAGCCCCAAGCAGGCAAAGAAAAAAAAAACAUUCAGUUCAAAAUCGAAUGCAUUCCGUACCACAGCGUGUGAGUUUAGUUUUAAUCCUUUCAUACCGAAUUAAACAGAAAAGUAGAUCGUAGAGCUUAGCACGUCAAAUUCCGGCAUUUAUUCGCUCGCCCAGCGAAGAAAACAGCCGCUCCUCAUGAAAGGAGAUUGAUUGGUGAUGGGUCGUCCGUACUGUUUAUAGCAGUUUUAAUUUAUCGAUUUGCUUUGUACAUACGAGUCAAGAAGUUUUAAGCAAGUGAGCCAAAAAUAGACGAGAAAAUAUAAAUAUUGAAUAAUGGA